AUGCCCAGGGAGUCCCACACAGAGCAGCGGCCUGCCCUGCGUGCCCUCCUCCGAUGGCUACUUCUGCUGCUUUUUCUCCAUGAAGGAUUGCACCCGGCCUGUGGACACUCAGGGGCCACGAGAGCUUCCUUUUUAGUGCCGCGCAGUCGUGAGAGUGGGCCUGCGGCAGGUUGUUCGAGAACAGCCAGCAGUAACCGCAGCCGUAGCAAUACGUCACGCAGCGCUGCAUCAUAUUUAACAGGGCCAGAAGAUGACAAAUCGGAUUGUCCUAGGUGCGUAUGGCUGAACCACAGAGUGGAGAGCCCGCCUAUAGUUGUCGGCUGGGAGGAGGCCUCUGGGAACUCCAGGGAAAGCGAUGCUUGCUGCGUCCCGCUAAAUCUUGGAAUGGCAAGAGCGGCUAAUGCAGCGUUUCAGCUACGAAGAAACACAACCAAAGUCCCAGUUCUCGAUGUUGUUCCCGUGGAAGUAGAAGUAGCGCCGGAGACGAGGCUGGCUUUGGAGCUACCCCCAUGCUCCCACAAACGACACAUAUUCCUCCCUUUAUGUCUACUUGGAUUUCCUCGCGAUUUACAGAGCAAAACGAAUCCUUACUUACAGUGUCAAGUGGAGAAGCCCACAGAAAAUUGCGCGCCGGUCCGCAGUGGGGAGAUUCACGAAGUAUCGGCGAAUUGCUCACCCCUUAGCUCAGUCAGCAGUUCAGCUCAACAGCCAUUUCUGGAGGCCCUGAAGGAGUCUGUCUGUAAGGCUCUCAAAUGGGGAGGGAACUUGUACGAGGGGAUUCCCAUGCAGCUUGCUGCCCGCGUGACUGCGCCGAAGAAGGCCCAACUGGCACCGCAUUCACCCAUUGAAGAAUCUAAUAAGUCUGCCGGACUGUCAGCAAAUAGCAGGGAAUCGAGUGGUCUAGAGCAAUGCCCAUUCCCGACGGUGUGGCCGCUGAGUUCUGAUAGAGAAGCUCAAAGGGUUCUUAGGAAGCACUAUAAACCCUUACUCGACCUUUACCGCCGUCUACCGCACUCUGCAUCUUGUGCCAGUGCGUGGAAGAGAGCCAGUGACAACCCUAAAAACAACGAUGUCGGGAGUAGGAACUGCAGCAGCAAUGUGGGGGCCCAGUGGAUCACUGCCUUGCGUAUCCUGCGUCUACCUAGGGGUGCUCAGUUGUCACUGCAGCUUCAACUGGAGCCCCCUCUACCCUCUUUUCCAUUUUCUUCCGACAAGAGUGUGCCUCUUCCGCCUCCCGUAGUUAACAUGUCUGCUUGGCAGGCUCAUGCACACAGCAACCAGGACGCUUCCUCACCGUACCAGCUAGUGUCGUUAUACAAAUUCUUCCGCGUAAGCUCACCUAGGGCCCUUGCUGAGCUGCUAAGGGCCCUUUGGGGGCCUAGAGGAGUACUAGGUAGGGCCUACGUAGCAGAAGAGGGUAUUAAUGCCCAGUUGGCGGUCCCUUCUUCAGUGUUUGCGUCUAUCAUCACCGAGCUGCAGCAGAUACCUGGCCUGGAAGAUGGUCUUCAGGUAACUCCUGAUUGCCUUAUCCCCUUCUACAAAUAUUGGAGCUCCCCACCAUUUGACACACUUCAUAUCCGUCCUCGCCAUCAGGUGCUGAGGGAUGGUUUUGACUGCCCGCUAGACUGGUCAGACUGCGGAGAGGAGGUCGAGCCUGAGGUUUGGCAUCGUAAGCUUGUGGCCUUGUUGCAGGAGCAACAACUACAGAAGCAGCGAACACCGAAAGUCGUACUUUUGGAUAUGCGGAAUGCGAGCGAGUACGCGGUCGGCCAUUUCAAGGGAUCGCAAUGUGUAGAUACGCUCACCUUCGCGGAUUCAUUUACUUCUGGCGGUCCGUUGGAGGAGGCCCUGGCCAGGGUGGGGAUUCAGCUUCCUUCCAGGGAGGCUACAUCUGUCUCUAGUAAAGGCAGUUGUAGCAGGAAGGACGUGGAGAUAAUGAUGUACUGCACAGGUGGUAUCCGCUGUGUGAAGGCGGGAGCUUUCGUUAAGCAAAUUCUUGGUUUUCCUAGGGUAACACGACUCAAAGGAGGUAUCCUAGCAUACAAAAAUUUCAUUGAGAGCUUCAAGAAAAGGCCUAAUAGGGGCGAAGGGAUCCUGCUUGGUGCAGAAGAGGAAGGGUCAUACGCGUCUGAAAACCUUACUGCUGCUAAUGCCAAUGAGUGUGCAACAGAUGAAGGCGGUCUCAGCGGUAACGAAACUUUGCAGCAGCGCGGUGUCUCAGACCCGAGUGAUGCCGCAGUGGUGGGCUUGCAUGAUCCUGCACCGGAGAGUUUGUUCGUGGGGAGUAAUUACGUAUUCGAUCAUAGGAUGUGCCAGCAGAUUACACCGGAUUUGUUGACUCAUUGCACGAUCUGUUCAGGACCCUCGGGUCGCCUAGUGAAUUGCAGCAACAGACGGUGCGGUCGGCGUGUUGUGCUGUGCUCCUCGUGCUGCUCCUCAAUUGGGGUCUUCUGUUCGUCAGCAUGUGCCCGGGAAGGAGCGGAGGAUGGUAAAAGAGAAGUUCAUGCACAGACUCAGAGGCGGAUGCAAGUCAGGCAUACAUACCAAAAAUUGCUGCAGCAGAGGCGUUUAUGGGCGAUGAGGGCUCAGCAGCUUUUGGCUGCUCUAAAAUACACUGCUGCCGCCGAUUCGGUGUCCGGACAGGAAACGCUACUAGAAGAAGGGCGACGGAGGGCAAAAGACUUAACUGGCUUGCAACAUGAGGUCCAGCAGUUCUGGUCGGGGCCUCUGCACUCGCGCAUCCUCUCAGCAAUCAGCAAACUCAAGAGGCCUCGAUCAAUCCUUGAAAUAGGCGCCUUCGUUGGCAUCUCUACCCUAGCUCUGGCUGAGGGCCUUGUUUGUGAGGAGGAGGGUGAAGAUGGGUGUUUUGGUAUUUUGGCCAUAGAGAAAGACCCGCGAGCAGCAACAGCAGCCCGCCGGCUGGUGAGCUCUUCCCCAUGGGGCCGAUUUAUUACUCUGAUGGAGGUGGACGCAAUGCAGUGGCUGCAGUCUCUCCCCAAGGUGUUGAAGAGCCCGCCUGUUUGGGGAAACGCAUCAGAAUCCACCAGGUAUGAGGAAACAUCAAGCAGCAGGCUGCCAAAUGGUGGCUUUGACCUUAUCUAUCUCGACGCUGAAAAGAAAAGAUACCUAGAGUACAUUUCGGCUAUACUAAAUCCACAGCGUCCUCUGCUUGCCCUGACUGGAGUCCUCGUGAUAGACAACACUUUAUGGCUCAAAGGUCAGGAUGGAAAAAGAAUCGCGUGGUGGGAGAACCACCUGACACAGGGGGAAUCUGCACGGGCCAGAAGAUAUGCAAAAGUUGCAGAGUGUAUGCAGACCCUUCGGGAAACUCUGCGCAACGAUGCUCGUAUUUCUCAUGUUUUACUUCCGGUUGGGGAUGGUUUGUCACUCGUCACUUGGGCUAACCAACCGCCACCCCCUGGGCCUUAG